AUGGGCCACAUGUUAAUAAGACAGGGCCCCAAUCCCAGCCCUACAUAUUUCUCAGAAGCACACACGCAAAGGGUCAAUCAUGUUGACGUAAACAUAGUACAUAGUGGCACUUACAUAGUGGUAUUGUGCCUUUCGCACAGCAAGGCGGCUCGAGUCUCCGUUCCAGCACCCCCACUGGUGCAUCGGGUUCUUUUUUUGUUCCUCCUUACCUCUAAUGAAGGCACUAUCGAAAGUAAUCUCAAGGACAUUGCUUUCAUCAUUCGAUCCGCGGAGCAGCGAAGUAAUGUCCACUCUCUCAGGAAUGAACAUGUUGUCGGUUUCAAGAAUUUCUUUCCCGUUAAGAUGAACGGACGCGUAGGUGUCGAGUCCAUCGAAUGCAAGAACGGCCUUCUCAUUCUCCCCUAG